GGCUGACAAUUUCGUCGUUUAACUACAGCCAGAAAAAUCCCCAUCUCCGUACCAGACCAGACGUCGGCAGCUAUUUCCUCCGGUUUCUGCAGACUCUCUCAAUCUGAUCACCGCCAACGUCUCCAUUUAUCCCAUUCCCCAAACCAAAUACGACCGCUUGUUCGUAUUCUAUUUACUCGAUUACCCCCUGCCCAGCACUGCACCUUGUAUACUCCGGUUACAGGAUUUGUCUGUAAAUUUCUCUGGCCGCACGUAUUAUCUUCCUGCUGCCCUCUUUUUGUGAUAAACUCGUAUGAUUGGGAAUGCCAGACAUUAUUGUACUCCGUGCUCUGCACAGCAAAUGGCUGCAAGAGGACAAAUUCCACCAGCUUUUGAACGACAUCCUGUCCAGGCUUCAGGAAUGAUCCGGCAUGGUCCAUUUCCUGGAUUGUUUACUGCUUCUGGGCAGCGCCUAUUGGAGCCACACCCUCCUUCUGAACUGUUGGAGAAUAAAAUUGCUGUUCAGGCAGCUGAAAUAGAAAGACUUGCAGGGGAGAAUCGUAGGUUGGCAGCCACUCAUCUGACUUUGGAGCAGGAGCUUGUUGCUGCUCAGCGGGAAGUGCAUAGAAUCAGUGACCACAUAAGAAGCAUCCAGAGGGAGCAUGAUAUACAGAACAGAAUUUUGCAGGAUAAGAUGAGAAAAAUGCAAGAAGAUAUUAAAGCUGGUGAGAGUGUGAAGAGGGACCUGCAAAAGGCCCACAUGGAGGCUCAGAACUUAGUUGCUGCUGGACAAGAGCUGACUGCCCAUGUUCAGAAGGCCGCUCAGGAAUUGCAGAAAGCCGAGAUAGAUGUAAAGCAUAUACCAGAUUUUCAUUCUGAACUUGACAGUUUGAGGCAAGAACACCAAAGGCUGCGUACUACAUUUGAGUAUGAAAAAGGAAUUAACAUAGAGCAAGUGGAGCAACUGCAAGCAAUGGAGAAGAAUCUAAUUGGAAUGGCAAGAGAAUUGGAAAACUUGCGUGCCGAGGUCUUGAAUGCUGAGAAUAGAGCACUUGCCCCAAACCUAUGCGGUGGUAGUUAUAUGAAUCCAGAUUCGUCAUACCCUCCUCCUAUAAGAGGUGCUGGCACCUAUGUUGACGGCUAUGGAAGGCCUCUUGUUCAGAUGGAUGUUGGGCCAGCGGGAGAUGGGAUGAUUCCUUAUAGCACUGGCAAUGGAGCUGCUAGUGGUGCUGCUGUUGGUGCAUCUGUCCCUAGUGCUGGAAGUGCCUCUGUCCCAGGAGGAGCAUAUGAUCCCUCCCUUGCGCAGAGGUGAAUAGGAAGAAGCUGGCAUUAGAGAUUUUUCAUAAGUUUUUCUGUCUUCUUUGGCAAUUUGUUGGUUUAGCAAUGUGAAGAUCGCUUUAAAAACUGUAGAUUAGAGCCCUCUUUCACAGAAUUAUUUGUUCUCGUGCUGCCUUUUCAUAUGUAUGCAACCUUAUGGGUUGACGAGAAGUUUGUUCUUCUUUCUUUGAUCUUGAAGUAAUGAAUUGACGGGACUGGAGGACUCGAGUUUGAAG